UUGAGGACAAAACAGACAAAAUGCAAGUAGAAAAGCAAAUAGUUACUCUAAUGUUGCAGGAAAACAAAACUAAAACUCCCAGUAAAAUCAUAGUCUCUGUAAACAAGAGAACAACAUAACCCCUUCUCAGAAGAGUCUUUGACAAGCUGUUGUAUUGAUAGCUGAUUCUGGCAGCUGGCAACUGCAGAAUAUUAAUGAAGCAUUGAUACAAGAACAGUCUGAACGGGUUGAUCAUCACUGGCUGAAGUCUAGGGUGCAUGCCUAGUUGGAGAAGAGACAAAGACCAAAAAUGCCACCAGCAGCAGCAGCGCCACAGUACCCACCUCCAGAUGGAGGUUGGGGAUGGGUUGUGGUCUUUGGGGCUUUUAUCUCCAUUGGAUUUUCCUAUGCAUUCCCCAAAGCCAUCACGGUAUUCUUCAAAGAAAUACAAGAAAUCUUCCACACAUCAUAUAGUGAGAUAGCUUGGAUAUCGUCGAUAAUGUUGGCUGUCAUGUAUGCAGGAGGUCCCAUAAGCAGCAUUUUGGUGAAUAAGUAUGGUAGCCGGCCUGUGAUGAUAGCAGGAGGUAUCCUGUGUUCAUUUGGAAUGAUUGCUUCUUCUUUCUGCAAUAGUGUCCUGGAACUUUAUCUAUGUAUUGGUGUUGUUGGAGGUCUGGGUUUAGCUUUCAACUUACAGCCUGCCUUGACCAUGAUUGGCAAGUAUUUCUAUAAGAAGCGUCCCAUUGCCAAUGGAUUGGCCAUGGCUGGAAGUCCAGUGUUUCUGAGCACAUUGGCACCUCUCAAUCAAUUCCUCUUUAAUGCGUUUGGCUGGAAAGGAAGCUUUCUCAUUCUGGGAGGACUUCUUUUGAACUGCUGUGUGGCUGGGUCACUUAUGAGACCUGUUGGACCGAAAACAGUCCCUCCUGUGAAAAAAGAUGUUGAAAAAGGCACAGGAGAUUCUACCUUGCACAAAAACAACAAGAAGUCUUUUUGGCAAACUAUGAAUAAAUAUCUAGAUCUGUCCCUCUUCAAACACAGAGGGUUUCUGAUCUAUUUGUCAGGAAAUGUCAUUAUGUUUAUCGGUUUCUUCGCUCCAAUAGUAUUCUUGGCUCCUUAUGCCAAGCACAAGGGAAUUGAUGAAUAUUCUGCUGCUUUUUUGCUAUCUAUCUUAGCUUUUGUAGACAUGUUUGCUAGGCCUUCAAUGGGACUUGUAGCAAACUCCAAGUUUAUCCGGCCAAAGAUUCAGUACUUUUUUAGUUUUGCUGUCUUGUACAAUGGCGUCUGUCAUAUCUUGUGCCCUCUGGCAACAAAUUACACUGGCUUGGUGAUAUAUGCUGUAUUUUUUGGGUUUGCAUUUGGAAUGGUUAGCAGCGUUCUUUUUGAGACAUUGAUGGACCUCGUUGGGGCUGCCAGAUUUUCCAGUGCGGUUGGACUUGUCACCAUCGUGGAAUGUUGCCCUGUGCUCAUAGGCCCUCCUCUAGGAGGCUGGUUAGUGGAUGUUACCGGUGAAUACCAGUACAUGUAUUUUGUCUGCGGAGUGAUUGUGAUUGUGGCCAGUAUCUGGCUGUUCAUUGGCAAUGCCAUUAACUAUAGGCUUUUGGCAAAAGAAAAGAAGUUAGAAGAUGAGAAGCAGAAAGCACAGAAGAAUGCUGACUCAAAGGAAGCGGAACCAUUAACAAACAAUGAGAAUGAAGAUGCUGCCAGCAGAGCUGAUAAAGGUCUUGAAGAUCCUUCAGAAAGAGAAACCAAUAUUUAAUCUGCAAUAUAGCUCAGAAGGCAACAUUUAUGACUUCCAUUAGAAAUAUGUCUUCAAGACAGAGGCCAGGUUUUGUGGUAAUAAUGAUCAGUCACAAUAUUGGAUGGGAACAGAUUUUUGCCCCGUGGCAAGACUCUAAGUUAAAUUACUAUCUACCGUUUAUUUAUUUCAGUGAUACAAAAUUGAGAUUACAGAGGUAGUGACUCCAUGCAAAUGAGUCCAUCAAAGUAUGACUCUGGACAAUCAAGAGUCAGGUAAACCAGACUAUAAAGCCUUCCAAUGAAAACCAGUUUUGCGUCAAAAGUAUAUCUAAUGCAAAAGUAUCUCCUAGUCUUAUUUGGGAAGAUACUUUGUGUUCAUCUUUAGAAAAUUGUUAAAGUCUGUUGAAAUAAUCUGCCCAAACUGUACUUACCACUAAUAUUAAAAGGAAUAUAAGCUCAAACAUUUGUUUCAAAAGAGACAGAGUACCUGAGUGAAGCACACUGAAACAUUUUUUCUUUUGUAUGCCCACUAGAUCAAAAAGAUACAUUAUGUCUGUAUAAACAAUUAUAAUAUGGACGUAAAAGUUAAGGCUAGAAGAUGAACAAUUGGUGGGCACCAUCUCUAAAAUACAAUAAACAGCUGAAUUACAAUAUAUUCCAGAA